CAACAUCUGUUCAUCUGUCAAUAAAAACAACAACACAAGUCAUUAGUGCAAUUAUAUUGGUUUUCACGAUAUUUUUAUCAAUAUAAAAUGAACCACGAAGAGAAAAUGAUGAUAGAAGACAACAAUCCAACACUCGGCCAACCACUGAGUGAUUUUCUUCUGCAACUAGAAGAUUACACCCCAACUAUUCCAGACGCCGUAACUGCAUACUAUUUACGAUCUUCAGGACUAGAGCCUAAAGAUCCAAGAUUGGUGCGUCUAAUCUCGAUAGCAGCGCAAAAAUUUAUAUCUGAUAUUGCUAAUGAUGCUCUUCAACAUUGUAAAAUGAGGUCCACUAAUUCUUCAAGCCACAGUGGAUCCAAGAGCAAACAAGGGACGAAAGAUAGAAGAUAUUGUCUAACUAUGGAAGAUCUAACACCAGCAUUGGCAGAAUUUGGAAUUACGAUAAAGAAACCUCACUAUUAUGUAUAAAACUUACCUAUAAUAUAAUAUAUUAAUUGCAAUUUUUUGUUUUGAUACAUUUAGGGUGAUUUUUGUUUUAAAAAUACAAAUUUAGAAAAUAAAUGGUAAAAAAAU